GCACACACACACACACACACGCACACACACAAAUCCAUAUAUGCACACACACACACACACACACACACACACACACACACACACACACACACACACACACACACACACACACACACACACACACACCAAACCCAAGGGGUUUCCAUCUAGACUGUUUCGCUGUCUGCUGCUCUCAGCUCUGCUGCUCGUGUGUGCUCUGUGCGCGUGCACAUCGGGGAGAGUUUCUACAGUAGCGUAGCACCAAUGAGCAGCUCUUUGCUCUCUGUCUUUUUCUGUCGAAAAUCGGAUCGGGGUUCGAUCAACGCCAGUUAAUCACGGUUAUAGUCGCAAAUCCCCACUAAAUCCCCACAAUGUCUCUCGUUUUGCACCGGCUCUCUUUUAACUCCAGAAAGAAGAGAAAACACAUCAACGCAUUUGAAGAGGCUGACACGGUGAAUGAAUGUAGUGCACUCAAGUAAAGUUGGGGCGGAGCCAGAAGGGGAAAUGACAUCAUGUUGAGGAAACGAAACCUAAAGCGCCACAACGUGAAAGCAGUUCUCUAUUUCAGGAGUAUAAUAACACACAUUAAAUAGUCAGACAGACAGAAACAACAACAAGGAAUGGCCUCUGCUAUCACUUCCUGGUCUGGAGAGAACUUUUCAUGUCCCAUCUGUCUGGAUGUGUUCAGCAGUCCAGUUUCAACUCCAUGUGGACACAACUACUGCAGAACCUGUAUUACUAUGUUCUGGGAUGGACAAACCAAGUACAAAUGUCCUGUUUGCAACAAGCUUUUCCACGGAAGACCUGAUCUACAGGUCAAUACCCUCUUAAAAGGGAUGGCUGAUCAGUUUGGAACGUCCGAACGGGUAAAAGAGCAGCUUAAACCAGGAGAAGUUCCCUGUGACGUCUGUAUUGGGACCCAGCUGAAGGCCAUGAAGUCCUGCCUAGAGUGUUUCAUGUCUUUCUGCCAAACCCACCUGGAGCCACAUCAGAGAGUCGCAGUCCUGAAGAAACAUCGACUGGUCGAGCCUAUGGAGCGUCUGGAAGACAGGAUUUGUAAGAAACAUGACAGACUUCUGGAAAUCUUCUGCCAGACUGAACAGGUGUGUGUGUGUCAGUUCUGCACAGAGACAGACCACAAGUCCCAUCCUGUUAUACCUCUAAAGGAGGAAUAUGAAGUGAAAAUGGCCCAGCUGGGGAAGAUAGAGGCUGAAGUUCAGCAGAUGAUCCAGGAGAGACAAAAAAAAAUUCAGGAGAUUAAAGACACAGUCAAAUGCAGCAAAGCAGAUGCAGACAGAGAAAUAGCUGAUGGUUUGCAGGUCAUCACUGCUCUGAUGCGCUGCAUUGAAAAGUGCCAGGAUGAUCUCAACCAAAUGGUUAAGGAGAGACUGAAAUCCAAAGAGAAACAAGCUGAAGACCUCAUCAAAAAGCUGGAGCAGGAAAUAGAAGAUUUGACCAAUAGAAGCUCAGAGGUGAAGCAGCUCUCGCACACUAAAGACCACCUCCACUUCCUCCAGACCUUCACAUCCCUGAAAAAUCCUCCACCCACCAGGGACUGGACGACGGUGGAGGUCCGUCCUCCGUCAUACGUAGGGACCUUGAGGAGAUCCCUGGAUCAGCUGGAGGAGACACUGAACAUGGAGAUGGAGAUGCUGUGUGAUGCUGAACUGAAGAGGGUCCAGCAGUAUGAAGUAGAUUUGACUCUGGAUCCUAAUACAGCUGAUCGCCAUCUCAUCUUGUCUGAGGAUGGGAAACAAGUACAUAAUGGAGGUGUAAGGAAGAAACUCCCAGACAACCCUAAGAGAUUUACAAAGAAGAUACAUGUGCUUACGAGGCAGAGCUUCUCCUCAGGGAGAUUUUACUUUGAGGUCCAGGUUAAAGACAAGACUCAAUGGUAUUUAGGAGUGGCCAGAGAGUCCAUCAACAGAAAAGUAGAGAUCAUAGUGACCCCUGAGAAUGGUUACUGGACUCUUUUCUACUACAAGGAUGGGUUGAUAUUCAUUGAUAACCCUGUUGUCCGUCUCCCUCUGAGAGCUGAGCUCCAGAAGGUGGGGGUGUUUGUUGAUUAUGAUGAGGGUCUGGUCUCCUUCUAUGAUGUGGAAGCCAGGGAUCAUCUCUACUCUGCUACUGGCUGCACCUUUACUGAGCCUCUCUAUCCAAUCCUCUGCCCAGGCCGCCAUGAUUAUGAAAGUAACAACUCCGCCCCCCUGAUCAUCUCACCUGUCAAUCAAACAGACUAGGACCUUUGUUUGAUAAUAAAAUAAUCAAACAACCAAAACAACUAAGGUUGUUUCCUGAAUUAGAAUUUCUACCGUGUGAGAUCUGAGAGAACUGCAUUAAUUGCAUUAAUUGCAGAGUCGGCGUGACCCAAAGCAAUCGUUAUCUUUAUUCGGCUCCCCCACUUCGGCCUUGGAAGGCUGAUAUCUCUCCACUCCCCUGGUUGUUAUGCAGACAGAUGCCCUGCCACCCCUCCCCCCAUCCUCCACUUCCCGUGAACUUUGUCUCUGGUUCGGAACUCUUCGUGGUCGUCUCCACAGCGACGGCCGUGUCCUCGUCACCAGCAUCAGACGGGAGAGACACUGUUGAGUCUGGGUGGAGAUGGCGUCCUUGGGCCUCACACACACACACACACACACACACACACACACACACACACACACACACACACACACACACACACACACACACACACAAGACAGAUAACACACACACCCCCUGGACUCACCGCCUACUGGACUCCCUCCCCCUCUCCGUCCCUCGUUACAGUACAGUAUGCCGUGAGUGAUGCGAUGCGCCCGUUGGCUGCGUCCUCCUCCCGGGGUCUGAGCUGUGACACCUCCCCUCCCCGAUAUCCUUCCCCCCUCCCACAUGUGUUUGUGAUGUUUUUGAUAUGUUGCUUAUGUGCUGAGGUGUUUUUUGCUAAUCCCUACACUGUGCCCCCCUUAGAGGAGCAUAGUUUGGGGUAUUGACUUUUUUUUCCCUCGUCACCCUCUUGUUUAGCUUUUUAAAUUUUCUUAUCUAACGCGGGCCGCAUGUUUCUUGUCUAACGAGCGCCUGACAGUCUCUCCAUCCUGUCUCCCCAAGCUGUCUUUUAUGUUUCUCGGCCGGAAUGUAACUGGUAUUUUUCGUUGCUCUGUAACAUGUGCAAUGACAAUAAAGUCUAUUGAUUGAUUAAU